AUGGCUACACUCAUCAGCAAUAACCUCUGUCUGGUGAAGGAUGACGAUGGAGGUCCGGUAGGUUUCAAUUCACCAAUGCAUGCCUAUUCUCGAAGCCAUGACAAGCUGUCUGUGUUGAGAGUGCAGUCCGGAAGGCACACCGGUGUCUUCGUGCGUUGGUGA